AUGGAAGCAAUGGAGGCCGAAGAAGAUCCUUUUCUGGCUAGUGAUGCCAAGUUGCACGCAGGAAUUUGUAGAGCAUUUCAUCCUUCUGUAUCUAAGCUUUCCGCCAUUUUCCCCUUUAUCGAAGCAUCAAGACCCAGAAGCAAGUCUGGUAUACAGGCCUUGUGUUCACUACAUGUAGCUCUUGAUAAAGCCAAAGGGCUUCUUCAACAUUGUGCAGACUGCAGCAGACUCUACUUGGCCAUCACUUCGGAAACUGUGCUUUUAAAGUUUGAGAAGUCUAGAAGCCAGCUUCAGGAGAGUCUAAGGCGCGCUGGAAGCAUAGUAACAGAAGAUAUCGGCUGUAAGCUUGUGGAGAUUGUUGGUGAGCUGGAGGAAAUUGUUUUUACAUUGGAUAGAUCAGAGAAGGAAGCUGGUGACAAGCUGAUCAAUUUGCUCCAGAGAAACAAUAAAACAAAUGGUUCCAGUGAUAGUGGGGAGCUUGAGGUCUUCCAUAUGUCUGCUCUUAAAUUGGGAAUUACAUCUUCUAGGGCAGCACUCACCGAGAGAAGAGCCCUUAAGAAGCUAAUUGAGAAGGCUCGUUCUGAUGAAGACAAGCGGAAGGAGCUUGUUGUGUCAUACUUGUACAAUCUCAUGAGGAAGUACUCAAAGUUCUUCAGAAGUGAGACUGGUGAUGAUACAGAUUCUCAGGGAUCGUCUCCAUGCUCGCCAACAGUAUUAGGCAUGGAUGAUAUGUAUGGGCCGUACAGCAAUGGUCGGGCAUUCAGUAGACAGCUUUCGAGCAUUCAGUCGUUCAAUUCAAGGUUUGGAUCUUUCAAUUCUAGGCUUGGACCAUUCAAUUGCAGACGUGGUGGUGGUCCAAGGUCUGAGAAUAUACUUAUGAGCGUAUUUGCAUUGAGAAAUGGUUCAAUGAUGGUCACAGCACAUGUCCUAACACAGCAGCAACUUGCCCACCUGUCAUUGACUCCAAACUACUGUGUUAAGGCCCUGAUUGCCAGCUGGUGUGAGCAGAACGAUUUUCCAGUUCCUGAUGGUCCACCAGGAACUUUUGAUGUAAAUUGGAGGCUUGCUUUCUCUGACACUGAGGCUACAGGUUGUGUGUCUGUUGAAAGUUUUGAUUGUACUAAUGCAAAGAGUGUCAAGCUUGUCCCAAUGGAGACUGUUAGAAAGGAGGAGCCAGCAAACAGUGAAUCGGAGACGCUGGAUGACAGCUCUUGUAAUGAUUUCGAUUUGAACGAGGGCUAUGGGAACUUGCUUCUGUUGCUUCAUGAAAGAAGUAACAUGAACAAGCAGUGCAGGUUGGUGGAGCAGAUAAGGUAUCUUUUGAAAGACGACGAGGAAGCAAGGAUCCAGCUGGGCUCAAAUGGCUUUGCCGAGGCACUGGUUGAGUUCUUGAGGAAUGCUGUGAAUGAUGGAAAUGAGAAGGCACAAGAAGUUGGUGCAAUGGCUCUUUUUAAUCUUGCAGUCAACAAUAACAGAAACAAGGGACUCCUGUUAUCUGCUGGAGUCGCCGAUCUACUUGAACAGAUGAUAUCGAAUCAACUCCUAUCUGGUCCUGCCACAGCACUCUACCUUAAUCUCUCCUGCCUUCCUGAUGCAAAGGCCGUCAUUGGUUCGAGCCAGGCCGUGCCAUUCCUAGUCGACCGUCUGUAUAGCCAUGAUGCCAGCGACACGAAAGGAAGCUCCUGCAAGCAUGACGCCUUGUACACGCUGUACAACCUCUCGAAUCACCAGGCCAGCGUCCCGGCGCUUCUAACCGCAGGCAUUGUGGAUGCUCUCCACUGCCUCGUCACGGACUCUCCAGAGUCGGAGGGGCUUGGUUGGACAGAGAAGGCUCUUGCGGUGCUCAUCAGCCUCGCAGCCACCCAAUCUGGCAGGAAGGAGAUCAUGUCCACCCCCGGUUUGGUCAGCACGCUAGCGACACUGCUGGACACAGGCGAGCCGACAGAGCAGGAGCAGGCGGUGUCGUGCCUCCUGGUGAUGUGCAGCGCCGACGAUAAGUGCAUCGCGCCGGUGCUCCAGGAAGGGGUGGUCCCGUCCCUGGUCUCCAUCUCGGCGGCCGGGACGGGGAGGGGCAGGGAGAAGGCCCAGAAGCUCCUGAAGUUGUUCAGGGAGCAGAGGCAGCGGGAUGCGCCGCCGCCCCAGCAGCCCCAGCAGCAGCAGCAGCAGCUGCUGCAGAGCCAGCUGGCGGAGGGCGGGAACGGCGGCGGCGGCGCUAUCGUGUGCCACCGGGAAUCGAAGCCGCUGUGCAAGUCCAAGUCCAGGAAGCUGGGCAGGACGCUGAGCUCACUGUUUAAGAACAGGGGUUUCUCGCUGUACCAGUGCUAG